GAACAAGCGUAAAAUACAUUGAGCUUGCACCCCUGGUCCUCAUACCCAUGGUUCGAGCCCCUGGCACUGAAUUCUCACCGCCACCCAGGGCCUUGUAUUGUCAAUCGAUACCCUCUUACCCACCUAAUACCAUACCCCUCUUUACAAGAACCAUGGAUUUCAAAGUCCAAAUGUAGUCUCCUCUCAUUCCCCACCUUCCUAUCGUUUUUUCCUCUUUCCUCCAGCAAGGCACUCAUCCGAUACCUCUCACAUCAUCAUUUGGCUCUCUCCAAGAACACCUCACUCUCACGAUGUCACGGUUCCCUCUCUUCUCUUUUCGUUCCUUCUUCACUCUCUUCACAAAAGCAAAUUCAACGUCUUGGCCAGGCGCUUCCCGCUUCGCCAUCCCUCUACUCUGCUCCUGCCUCCUCAUCGCCAUAGCGCAGUUGACCGUAAAUCUCAGCCUGGGCAUCAGGCUGCUGCGCAUAGGUGACAGUGUUGUGUGCCAGUACGAUCACGACACGUUAGGAGCUGGAGAUGAUGUCAGGUCGCUGCCUAUAACGUAUGCGAACCGGGACACAUGGGAGACGAACAAAAAGGACUUUCUGGGCAUGCAUAAGAAUAGGGGAAAGGCUGAAAUUGGCGCCGCUUUCUUUGGCACCCCUCUACUCACCAUCGCCAUCAUGGUGAUCCAUAUCUGCUUGCACUUCCGACGUUUAUCGAACCGCGCCGGCAUGCUAUUCGCGAUCUGCCUUAUCACCUUGUUCCUCAUCUCCAAUGGACAUGACCACUGGCUCAACAUUGACGCGAACAAGCUACAUAAGGAAUAUAGUUGGUGCUGGAAGAGCAGUGAGGAAAUGAAAGGACUAUGGGCCGAACGAAUGACAAGGUGGCGAUUGUUGGUGGCAGGAGAAGUCUUGAGUGGAAUAGGCGGACUGUGUAUCGCGUUGUACUUCGCCCUUGCCACAAUGGCAGCAUCCACGAACCGCUAUUACGAUCAACAACGCUCAACCCGCCUCCACAAUCUUCGAUCCACCCCAUACCCAAACGCGGACGGCAACACCAAUGGUGUAGGAAUCCCCUCGUCCCAUCUUUCACCACCUCAAGCAUCCACUGCCAACACACCCGCUAGUGGGUCUGGACUAAUACUCCCCCGAAUUACAGUAGGGCCUAAAGAGCACAUGGCGGAGGCGAACAGUGAAGUGUUUGAGAACCCGUUUGCAGAUCCUGAGCCUCCGGUUAGGACUGUGUAUCCGGCGGGCGCCGUGAAGCCGGGUGCUACUACACAGGAUCCUGAGACGGGGGAAAGGAGAAAGGACAGCGCGCGUUGA